GUCUUUUUAGAAUUAGUACGACGUUAUCCUGCGUUACAUAUGUAGCUAACGUGCAUUUUAACUAUCGUUUAGAACUUUCACUGGUCCUUAUCUUCCAAUCAUUGCAAAUCAUAUCGACCCCUGGAUUUGGAUAACUUCUCAGCCCUCACAGCUAGAACCUCUCCUAUUAUCCCAAAUUCUUCCAGCACACACGAAAUACAAGUUGGGAAUAUCAUUCGAAUCAUCCACAUCAAGAAAUUUAGUUAUAAAAUCGGUCUGCUUCUUCUGUGACGAUGGACGACCACAAAUUGUUACCCACCUGCCCUCACAGCCCGAUUACUUUCCUGAUUAUGUAACAAAUCUACGCGGAAAACUAGUUCGGGUUUCCUUUUGUGAUGUGGAAUCGUUAAUUUAUGCCGAUCCCCCGUACACCGGAGUGAACAAUGCGAAACGAGGCGUUUGGAAGGGCUACCUUAACGAACAUCUCGUUCCCAAGUUCAACUGCACGUACAAUGCAUUCAUGUCGACGGGGAGAGGAUCCGGUUUAAAGUUGCCGAAUGGGACGUGGAUCGGCACUGUGGGGGAUGUACUCUCGGGCAAGGCUGAUGUGGGGAUAACAACGGCGCAUACACCAGAUAGAAUUCAAGCGGUGUCGUUCACCAGCUCAUUUAUGGACGUAAGCUACUUAGUCUUGGUAAAGGGACAUGGCACGCAGAUUUUUUCGCUGUUUGCCUUUCUCAAGCCGUUCGACGAGGUUAUGUGGAUAUGUCUCGGUAUAUCUACGUUGGUGGCGUUUCUUACUUUCAAAAUGAUUUCUGAGUGGAUGAAACGAAUCCAUGGAACUGAUUCUUGGACGAUCCAGCGGCAAAUUGGUUUUAUUCUAACGAGUUAUCUAGAUCAAGGUUUUGCACCGGGUAUUCCAAAGUUUACUCCUUUGAGAUGUUUUAUAGGACUGUGGUUCUGUUUUGGAAUUGUAAUCACGACAAUUUAUAAAUCAAAGAUGGUUGGACUUUUAGCAUUUCCCACAUUGGAACAAGUUCCCGAAACGUUUAAAGAAUUGGUCGACUCCGAGUAUCAAGUAGGAUUUCCUUUCCAUGGCAAUGCUGCGUACAAUACCCUGAAAGCAUCAACAAAUCCGGUGUAUGUGAAAUUAGUGAAAAACAUGGAGAUCAUAACUGGUUCUGGGUUAGAUUGUUUGGAAAGAGUGGCCAAGACCGAUAAAUCCGCGUGCAUCUUAUAUUUGGGGUCGGACGCUUAUCUAAGAGCGGCUAAUUUAUCGGAUUCCGACAUAAGGAAAUUGGUGUAUGCUCCAGAAACGGUGUUUAACGUUUUCAUCGGUCUUAUCCUCGAACCUGGUUCUAUCUAUAAGGAAGGUUUCGAGCGUUGGAUGAGUUGGACGCGUCCCUUCCAUUUGCCCCAUCUUUGGAACGUGCAUGACUUGUAUUACAAUCUCCGCCUGCCUAAACGUGCCUGGUGGCUGGAGACCGGCCAGAUGGACAAGCUGAAAACUUCCGUGAAGGAAACGGAUGUUAAUCUUACCCUAAAACAUAUUUCAGGAGCGUUCUACUUUUUGGUUGGAUGCCAUUUAAUUUCCAGCCUGCACUUUACUGUUGAAAUUUUGUGGUCUAGGUUUAAACCGUUUUUCAAAAGAUUUCACAAGAAAUAGUUAGCUAUACAGAAUAAUACAAAAUAAUAUUGAAGAUUGUCGAUAACAAUGCAAAUAACUUGUAAAUAACACAUGCCGUUAUCUGUAUAAUGGACAGGAUAUAAUAAGUGCAUAUGUGUAAGUUUAAUAAAAGAA